GGAGGGCGCGCGGGCGCUUCCGGCGGCCGGACAAUGAGGUUCCGAGUCGCCGUCCCGGGCUGCGGCGGCGGCUGUCCGUAGCCGGCGGCUGCGGCGGGCGCUACGGUAGGAGCCAGCGGGGGGACGCGGCCCGACGCGACAGGUGUGCCAAAAUGUCAGAAAGAUCAGAUAUUCUUCACUUCAAAUUUGACAGCUAUGGGGACUCAAUGUUACAGAAAAUGAACAAACUGAGGGAAGAAAAUAAAUUCUGUGAUGUCGUGGUCCAUAUAGAUGACAUUGAAGUUCAUGGGCAUAAAAUUGUCUUUGCUGCUGGCUCCCCCUUUUUAAGAGAUCAGUUCUUACUAAAUGACUCCAGAGAGGUAAAAAUCUCUAUCCUGCAGAGCUCAGAAGUCGGGAGGCAGCUGCUUUUGUCCUGUUACAGUGGUGUCCUGGAGUUUCCUGAAAUGGAACUGGUGAACUACUUGACUGCAGCCAGCUUUCUGCAGAUGAGUCACAUCGUGGAGCGGUGCACACAGGCCCUCUGUAAGUUCAUCAAACCAAAGCAGCCACUGGAGAGCAAGGAGUGUGAGCAGCAAAGUGACUCCUCUGACCUGAAGGAACAUCAAGGAGAUGACGACUCUCUGCAGCAGGAUUCACCUUGUAUUCAACCCUCAGAGGACAGUAUGGACAUGGAGGAUAGUGAUAUUCAGAUCAUCAAGGUGGAGUCCAUCGGGGAGGUGACAGAAGUUAGAAAUAAAAAGGAUCAGAACCAGUUUAUUUCCUCUGAACAAACUGCACUGCAUUCCUCAGAGCCUCAACACUUUCUCAUCAACUCCACUGUUGAAAACAGAGCAAGUGAAAUGGAGCAGACCCAUCCCCAUGACUACGCCCUUUCAUAUGCAGGCAGUGAUAUCAUUCUGGCCUCUAAGGAUAUGUUAGGGAUCAACAGCCGAGGAAUAGACAAGGGCCUCCAGUGGCACCAUCAGUGUCCCAAGUGCACAAGAGUGUUUCGGCAUUUGGAAAACUAUGCUAAUCACUUAAAGAUGCAUAAACUAUUUAUGUGUCUACUCUGUGGCAAGACAUUCACUCAGAAAGGCAAUCUCCACCGGCACAUGAGAGUCCAUGCAGGCAUCAAACCCUUCCAGUGUAAGAUCUGUGGGAAAAUGUUCUCUCAGAAAUGUUCCCUACAGGACCAUCUCAACCUGCACAGUGGGGACAAACCCCACAAGUGUAACUACUGUGACAUGGUUUUUGCUCAUAAACCUGUUCUGAGGAAACAUCUGAAACAGCUUCACGGUAAAAAUAGCUUUGACAAUGCCAAUGAAAGAAACGUUCAAGACAUAACAGUGGACUUUGAUUCCUUCACAUGUAGCACUGCCACAGACAGUAAGGUCUGUCAGCAAGCUGAUGCAGUGCUGGAUGCAGGGAAGCUGCCUCAGGCUGUGCUCAGUUUAAUGAAUGAUAGUACUUGCGUCAAUUAAGCAACAAGGAACAGCCCUUUGCAGGGAUUGUGACUGAGAGGCACAAACAGUUGGUUUUGGGCUCUCCCAAACUAGUGGUAUGCCCUGAAAGGCUACAGGUGGAUGGAUGGAUGGAUGGCAGGCUGGAUUGCAAAACCUUCAGCCAUCGUUCUUAAGUCUUACUUGAUAUUUUCCGUGAACAGCAAUCUUCCUUCAGGUCUCUGUCUGUGUUUCUACUGUGGAUUAUGGGGUUAAUUGUUUCAUUUCUCUCUGAUUAGGAGACUGAAGACUUAACAUCUUUUGAAAGAUUGUUGCUGUGGGCUGCAAGUAAACCAUCUGCUGUACAGUAAGAGACCUCUCUAUGUCUGGGCAGAUGGAGGAAAGAGGACAAGUCUGUGAGAUAACCCGAUUAUUUUUUUUUUUUUUUAAGCAUUGGAUGACUGAAAGUACUCCAUAUAGUUUAAAUUUAAACUUACCUCUUAAAAAUAUCUUUCUCUGAUCUUACCCCUAGACCCCUAGAGUUGAAAUGAAGUAUUUUUAUGUCACUUUUUCACCCUUUCUAAACUAUUUCAAGAAACUUCUGCUGCCAGUCAAUGCUACCUUAAAAGCUCUCAGGGUUUUUAACCUCGGCAUGCAUUAGGAAAAGAUAAAACCCUAAAUGAUUUUGCAAAGUUAGCUGAUCAGUGCAUAGAACUGUUCAAAAUGAGACUAAAUUGAAGCUCUGGAAUGUGCGAGGCCAGUGCCUGGUGGAGUGGAAGUAUGACCUAUUUCUUAUGCUGUCAUACCUAGGAUCUUUCAAGAGCACUUACCAGUGUAUGUAUCAAGAAAAGCUAAACAUGUCAAUACUAAGAAUUAUCACCCACCUUCCAUAAAUUUGGCAUCACAUAAGCCAGAACAGUUGUUGGUUUUAGAGCAAAGCUGGAGUGGAGAAAGACUGCUUUUUGACACUGUGAAAAGAUUCUCUUUUAAAAGCUGCAAUGUAUACAGCUCCAUGCUUUGCUUUUUUUGUUUGUUUCCCUCUCCCCCCCUUUAGUUUUUGUUUGUCUCUCCUUGAUAUCUAACAAGGGCCACAUCUCAGUUAACUUGAAAAAAGAAUCAAAAAUUACCUGCCAUAAGAACAUUACCAUAAAGGGUUGGUUUUUUUCUUGGAUGUUCAAAUAAUACUUUUUUUUUUUAAGUGACCUGCAUGGUUCAUGACCAUUAGUGUUUCACAGAGCCUAGGAUGAGAUAUAGGUAGCACAAUUUCCAUAGGUUAGUGUAUCAGCUAUUGACUGUACUCAGCAAUACCUCUUGUAUACCGCCUUAAACAUCAGAUGUAGUGGGAAUGGCACAGGAGUUGGGAUCCUGGGAUUACCCCAUACUGCUUCUCAAAAGUGCCGUGGAAUCAUCUGCAUCCCAAUAGGGCUGAAAGAAACUAAUUUGUGUAAGGAACACCAUUCCCAGUAGAAGAACACUGAUUACAUUGAAGUGUAGCAUAGAUAAUAAUAUAUCCAAUGGCUGAUCCUCAGCAGAGAACUGCUGUUUGUAUUUGGAAUAAGGAUUUCUUCCAAGGCAGCUUUUUUCCACAAGGUUUGCCAUGAGGAUGAGAUGAUGCUUCCUACCUAAAAGUAGUACUGUUUGUGUAAAAAUGCUAAAUAGGUAUGACCAAAGGUGUGUUAGAGCAAAAAAAAAAAUCAUUUGUAUGUGAUGAUCAAAAGUUGGUCUUGAUCUUCAGAUAUGUCUGUGGAGAAGCCAGGAUUUCCUGAUGCAGACAUUAUUCUGCUGGAUGAUAAAAAGUGUUAACGUUGCAGAACGUUUUCAGAAAUCCACAUAGUUUCAAGUAGAAAAGCAAGGUGAUUCUGUGAAUCAGUUUUUGAAAUUGAGUUCUUAAACUACUGUACUUGACUGUUACAUGAACUGUUACAUGGACAGCUAUGAAGUAAGCAAUGGAAAUGGAGUCAGGGCAUUACAUCUUUCAAGUUGUAGCAAAUAUAUUUAGGCCUAAGAUCUAACUAUUUGGAACUUUUAAAAGUGAUUCUUUAGGUUCCUGGGACAGAAAAUAGGUUUGCACGGGAAGAAAAACUAUUUUUCCUCUCAAAGCCACCUGCUUUCAGAAUUGUUUUGAGCUAAAACGGACCAUGACAGCUGCAUCUGACACUUGCCUUCUGUCUUCAGGCAGAAUCCUCUGUAUUGUUAAAAUAUUUUGAUAAUAUAUUAUUCACUGUAUGGAAAUAACUUAAAGCACUAACAUCAAAACGAAGACAGACAUGGAGAAUAAAACUUUGGAGAGCCAGGUCAACAUUCUGUAAGGGACUAGUGAACAGUCUGACCAGAUGUGAAUGUGGACAUGAUAAAGAAAAUGGUUUUCUGCCAGAGAAAGGAAUAAAACUGUACAAAUGCUAGAAAAAGUGGCAGCAAAAUCAUAGAAUCCUAAAGGUUGGAAAAGACCUCAACUGCCACCCCAGCACCACCAUGCCUGCUAAACCAUGUCCUGAAGUGCCAUGUCUACACGUUUUUGAACAGUAUUGAAAGUAUCUGGGGUUUGUUUUCAUAAUGUUACCACAAGGAGAGUACAGCUUGGUGAAGUAGCCGUGGGGAACUUGAAGCAGAUGUGAAGAGACAAGGGGGUUCCAAAGAUACAAAAAAUGGUUUGGUCAAGAUACCUUGGUUUUCAGUCCAGCCUAUGCUGUGGUGAUGUCAGUGUCUGAGAAGGCUGAGACUGCUGACUGUUCCCUUCAAAAGCUGCUGGUCAUUUGGUGAGACCAAGGCAGAAGUAAACAGGAAAAAGCAGAAGACUGCUUCUUCAAUGAAAAUGGACACAUCUGUUGGAUGAAAAGUGACUGCUUACUCACGUCUGUGGUUUUGGCCUGGUAAAAGGGUGCAGACCAAAAGAUGUAUGCAGGAGAUGGCUGCAUGGCUCCAGAAACAAUGAAGAUCUAAGAGGGCAAUUUGUUGAUGGCACACUGUAAGUGCACUGGUGGUAAAGUUCAUGCCAGAUUUGCCCCUAUGUGGAACAGAGAAGUGAUGAAUAUAGAAGAGGUACUAGAAAAGAAAAAUCUGGCUGAUGCUUCUUCUCUGAAUUAUGGAUUAAAGUGGAGUGAGAGUUAUUUUAAAUGAAAUAUACACAGGCAGCUCGAUAAUAGAAUAAGAUGAACUUAAUUGUCCAUGUAUGUAAAAUGUUGUCUUCAUUGCAAUGUUCUGAUUAGUGAAAGACUAGAUCUGUUGGUUGUUGCUACUGGUGCUGCAUAUUCUGAUGAGGACUAUGGCAGUUAUAAUCUGUGUGUUAAUGUGUAGAAUACUAUUUGCUGGUAAGUGGAUAGUCUCACAACUUAAUGUGCUGUACAACUUCCUGCAUAUCCUAAAAAUAACUGAAGUCUAUUACAAAAAUAUUUUAAUAACUCCUUGAAUAUAUUAGGAUUUUUUUUUUACGUUGGCAUUUUAUUUAUAUUUUAUAUAGAAGAUCUUGAAGCUCUUAGUUUUACUAGAGGUUUAGGCUCACCACUUUUGUGAGUGGUGGUAGCUUGUGUAGCAUGUGUUCCUGCAGCAUAUGGUGCAGCCACAGCCUCCUGUAGAGAUCAGGGAUGAGUCUUUCCUUCGUUUUUGUUUUUUUCUUUUAGAAGGCAUGUUUUGCAAGUUAGCAACUGAUAGAAUUGAAGCGUUGGUCUUUUUUCCCCCUAGCUCUUUGGCAAAACUUAGAUAACUGCCGCUGAACUUUUGUUGCAGUAACUUCAAAAUUAGUUGUGUGGGGCUGAUUCUGGUUCUGGAGUCAUUGGGAGGAGUACAGGCGAGGAGGGAAGUCAGAGUGUGAUACAAACUGAAACUGUUGAAUUCUAAAGUCACGUUAAAUCUCGAUUUUUUUGUAAAAGCAAAGGGGCAAAACAGAACUCGGUGAGGGCUGAGAGGGCAGAACGGUUGUUAUUGAGAUGGAAUAAUGGACGGACUGACUGAGCAUUAGCUACCUCUUCAAUGACUGGGCAAAACUCAUCCUACGUUACUACCAAAGCAGGCGGGUCAGCGGCUGUCGGGGCAGCUUCCCCGGGGGCGGCUGGGAGCCGCCUGCUCGGCCGGGCCGGCGUUCGGGGCCGGUGUUGCUCCAUCCCUCCGGUGCUGACGUCGCCUGUCCUCGCGGCGGGGCCGGGAGGGGCCCCGGGGCAGCUGCUCCCGGAGAUGCCUUACGGGGGCCCGGGCCGAGACGUUGCUACCUCUCCCGGCCGCAGGCUCGGCGGUCCCCGGCGGCAGCCGCUGUAGCAGUGCCAAGUCUUGUAAUAAACGUGCUGC